GGUAUGUUGUAGCUGACGUACAUGCCAGUAGCUAAAUGUUUUAGCAUGGAUUACAGAGCUUCAGACUUAACCAAGUAGCCUUUUUUAUUUUUAAGCUACAGUUUAUGUAUGUUUUAGUAAUCAUGUAAUAUAUAUUUUACUGUACACUUUGAGUAUAAGGUGUGACAAUCUUGCAUGAAAUAGCUAGUUAGCUAACAUAAACUGGUCAGCAACUUUAGCUACGAACUCCUAUUCACAGUGUAAAUGAUGGGGGAGGAGACCCAGUCCCUUCACCUGGAUAAGGGACUGUCUGUAAAGGAAGAGGAGUUAGGACAGGCAGAGGGAAAAAUGAGCCAAGUGGAGGAUGAACAACCAGAGGUUGAAGAGGAAGAUGAGGAGGAGGAUGAAGAAGCAUUGCCACACUCUGAAUUCCUGGACAUCUUUGAAGAAGGACUGGCUCGGCUUGUACAGGACCCUCUACUUUGUGACCUUCCCAUUCAGGUGACUCUGGAGGAGGUGAAUUCCCAGGUUGCCCUGGAGUAUGGCCAGGCCAUGACUGUCCGUGUAUGCAAAGCAGAUGGCGAAGUAAUGCCCAUAGUGGUGGUGCAGAAUGCUAUGGUGCUGGAUUUGAAGAAAGCCAUCCAGAGGUUUAUGGAGCUUAAACAGCAACGGGAGGGAGGGGUGAAGCAUGUCAGCUGGAGAUACGUAUGGAGAACCUUUCAUCUCGUAUUUCAAGGAGAGAAGCUUGAUGAUGACAAAAUGAAACUAAAGGAUUAUGGGAUCAGAAACAGAGAUGAGGUGACAUUCAUGAAGAGACUGAGGAAGAAGUGAAACGGAGAUCUCACUACCGUGGGGAGUCCUGCCUACUGUCAGUUGCCUGCACUGUCCCCGUUGCUUCAGACCUCUAUGUUUCAACCUGGAGAUGUACAGCAACUAUAUUCAUACACUGACAUGAUUCAGUUGAUGUCUAAAAGGUUUUUCAAUUGACAUCUCAAAAGUUUUUACAUGUUGUAGAUAUGAUUGUGUGGAAUGUUUUGUACGUCUCAAUUUUGUAUUGUUUGGACAUAUUCUCUGUCAUUUUGUACAGUAAAAUUGUGCCACUUCAAAUAUGAAUAAAGGCUUCAGUGCUACCAAAACGCCCCUGAAAUAUCACCUAAAUAUAGUGAAUAUGUUUUAGAAUUUUAUCUCGCUUGAAAUCAUUUAACCGAAGCUGGCUGUGCAGCCUGGUCUCACAGCGUGAGAGUAGAACCACAAUAUUUAAAUAUCUCCUGUAGUCCUUGUUUAAACCAAAACAAAAUAUUACACUAUUUCCUGGAGUACAUAGAGGAGCAUCACAUUUUCCACAGCACAAGCUGGGAGCAACCAUUGAAACCCGGUAAAAAUAUGUAUUGUCUCUUUACAGUAAUCAUUUAAUUUGCAGCAGCUAAGAUCGAUAAGAGAAAAUGUGAAAUCUAUUUCUUAUCUUUGCAAUCUUGGGUUUUAGCAAUGUUGGUCACAAUCUAUCUGACUUGUACAAACAUAUUAGAACAUGAUCUCCUCACAUUAGUUUGUCUUGGUAUGAAAUAUGUUUAGAUGUGCACGGUUGAUGCUUACAUUGAUACAUAAAGUUAGUGCUAUUGGCUUGUCAUCCAAGUGUUGGAUAACAGGAAUAGAGAUACAUUCAUAUCAAUUAUAUAACUUCAUUACCCAAUCAUCUGAACUUGCUUGGAAAAAUGUAAUUGUUGGCCCAACACUAUAUAGUUCAAGCUUCAGCAAGGUUCUGGGCGACUGGCAUGUGUUUCAGACUGGACUUCUUGAUUGGUGGCAUUGACUGGUGGCAUA